CUCCCCACCCUGGUUACUUUUAGAGCUCCUCUUAGAGUGAGUGCAGACUUGCUGCUUGCGAGAUUACAGGAGCUGGUAUUACUUUCCACCUGGGUGAGGUAAGAAUUUCUCUCCUUCGGCCACUGUCGCUGGGGUCUCGGCUUCCACACAGGAUACCAAUCAGAUCAUUGGAAGAAUACUCAUAGAGUCAUAGAGGUUAAGGCCAGAACCGAGCACCAGAUUUUCUAGUCUGAUAUCAUCUGACACUACCAUCAUCCACCACCGUACACUAAACCCAAGUCCCUGCUGAGGGCUGUUCUGUGAGUCACCAUGGCUCCUCCGGGCUGCAACCAGAAUCUUCACCCUGACUAUUACUUACUGUGUGACACUGAACAAGUCUGGGGUAUUGUCCUGGAAUCAGUGGCUGCUGCUGGAAUCAUUUCCACAAUCAUCUUCAUGCUCUCGUUACUCAUCGUCAUCGGUAAAGUCCAAGAUGCCACCAAGCGAAGCAUGAUCCCCAUCUAUUUCCUUUUCCUCUUCGGCACCCUAGGGAUCUUCAGCCUCACCUUUGCUUUCAUCAUUAAACUCAAUGUCCGGACUGGCCCCACCCGCUUCUUCCUCUUUGGAGUUCUUUUCGCCUUCUGCUUUUCCUGCCUCCUGACUCAUGCUUUCAAUCUUGUCAAACUGGUGAGAGGGAAGAUCCAUCUUCAGUACCCGGUGUUGUUGGCUAUUGCCAUUAGCCUUACUCUGGUGCAGAUUAUUAUAGCCAUAAUAUAUGUAGUCAUCAUAGUGGCCAGACAAAACAUUGACUUUACUACGAUGAAUAUAGAACAACGCAAUAAGGACUUUGUCAUGCUUCUGAUCUACGUGCUCUUCCUGAUGGCUCUCACCUUCCUGGUAUCCAUGUUCACUUUCUGUGGGACAUACAAAGGCUGGAGGAGGCACGGUGCCCACAUCUAUAUCACUCUCCUGUUCUCCAUCGCUAUCUGGGUGGUGUGGAUCACCAUGCUCCUGCGAGGCAACCCAGAAUUAAUGACACAGCCCCUCUGGGAUGAUCCUGUCAUCAGCAUUGCUCUGGUGUCCAACGGAUGGGUCUUCCUGAUGAUAUACAUAGUGCCUGAAUUCUGCUUCCUCACCAUCCCACGCAAGCCUGAGGACUAUCCUGCAGAAGACUAUUCCUGCCAACCUACGUUCAUGAAGAAAAAGACCUAUGGAGUGGAGAACCAAGCCUAUAUGAAGGAGGAGAUCGCAACAGAUGCAGGAAACAACCAGGACCCACCCUACGUUCCACAUUAUGCUCACUUUCAGAUGGAGAACCUCCCGCCCCAGCAGGAGUUCUCCAUCCCCCGGCCUAAAACUCGGGCCAGUCCGUAUGAGGAUUACACCGGCGGGCAAGGCACCAAGUAACAGCUCAGUGAGAAGCCAAGAGACAAUGCGCAGGCAGUAAGGGUGGAAGGAAAGGCCAUUGCUUGCUUCUAUCCUGCUAAAGAGACAGAACCAGACUGGCAGGGUGGUGGCAGAUGAAAGGGAUGGGCCCUUUUUCUUCCCCACCUCCCUUUGACUCUACACAUACGGCACUUUAAUUCCCUUCCAUUCACUCAGCAGAGCACUUUAAUCAUAUAUCCCCUGCCUGCCCCUGUUCACUCCAUUCCCUGCCCUCAUCCAUGUGACCGAGCUCAUUUGCCUCCUGAUGGCACCAAAGCUUCUGGCUAUGAGGCUAUAAGGCCCAGAGACUUUGACCCUAGGCCCCUCAGCCCUGAUCACCUUGGUGUCUCUGUGCUCUCUGUCAGCUGCUAAACUGAAACAAGCAACUGCCUCCCCAUUCAGGUACCAUAGUCUCAUGUAUUGCUAGAAGUACCUGACCCAUAUAGCACUGAUCCACCCAAGUAUUGCAACCUCUCCCAUCUCUCCACUUCCACUGCACUGAGUCACACAGCUAGAACUGGCUGGGAGAGCUUUCUUUCUUUCUUUCUUUCUUUCUUUCUUUCUUUCUUUCUUUCUUUCUUUCUUUCUUUCUUUCUUUCUUUCUUUCUUUCUUUCUUUCUUCCUUCCUUCCUUCCUUCCUUCCUUCCUUCCAACCCCUAUAGACCUGGCUGGCAAAUGGGGGUGGGGGCACUUAAUGAAAAGUUUUGGGGUUGCUAUUUUUCAUUUGAAUUGUGAAACCUUCCACAUUUUGGGUAUGUCUACACAGCACCCUUAGUUCGAAAUAAGCUAUGCAAUUUGAGCUACGCAAAUUGCGUAGCUUAUUUCAAGAUAGUCUGUUUGGAAGUCUCUUAAUCCUUGCGGAAUGAGGUUUACUGGGAUGUCGGAAUAGUAUGCCAAUUAUUUUGAAAGAUUUCAAAAUAACGGGUGUGCUGUCAAGAUGCGGAAUAGCUGUUUCAGGAUACCAGAAGUAUCCCAAAAUAGCGCUGCAGUGUAGACGUACCCUUCCUGGCCAGCAAUCCUAACAGCUCCCUCCCUAGACACUCUGCUCACCACUGAGUCCCAGACAACCUUUCCAGCACUGCCAACGGACCCCCACAGAGCUCCUUCCCAGCACUGACUCCUACUCUCUAGGAAUCUGAUCUACCCGGGACUGAUUUCUGUUCCCCAAACCUCCUUUCUAACACUGGCUUCCAGUUCUUCCAGGCUCUGAGUCUUAUGCUUCCUGGUCACCUGAUCUCCCAAGCCAGGAGGGGAGUGAAGGGAAGGCAGACUCUCUCUUUCCCAGAAGCAGGUGUGAGCUACAUCCUGGGGAGGAGUCUGCAGAGUUGACUUUUCCUGGAGUCUGCGAUACAUUUUGUAAAUAGCCUCGAUUGACAUUUAUAUAUAAAUACACCGACAUCUCCAUGUGAACAGGCUUGGGACAUUAGUGGCUAAUGAUUCUAUAUUUAUUUAGUACUUUAUAUAUGGGAUAUUUAAUCAAAGCCUGGCUCAGAGGAACUGGCAGUCUUCAUCAGUGAAAUGAAUCUGCAAAUGCAGUGGAGGAGCAGGGGCCAGUAUUUGUCAUUUGUGACACUCCAUGGCUUGUUGUGAGUGAGUUGGCACAAGCUGCCCAGAGGGAACAGGGUGGAGACAUCAAGCACCGAGCCCUCUAGAGGUUGUCAUUGUGGAUCAGGGUGAUCCUUGUAAGGUGCUGCACUCUUGGAGAAGAUUUUGUAGCACUGGCUUCUCUGUGCUACUUUUCCAGGAGGAAAAGAUCAUUCAGAUGGUGUGUUGCCCAAGAAAUGAAGAACUGGGCCCUACAAGCCAUGUGUAUAGAAGGCUGUGAGUGUUUUAGCUAUGCAUUCACAUGUGCGUGCAUCUGGAUUAUAUUAUUUGUGCCUUGUUCCACACUGAACACGCUGUCAGGAUGUAACUAAUAAUAAAUAAGAAGAAAUAAUAAUGUGUAUCUGUUCAUUUCAGUUUAUAAAAGCGUACCCGUCUAAUACUCUGGGUGCAUGCACCAGAUUUAUUGAUAGUAGAUAGCAGCCAUUGUCCUAAGAUGCAGGGACCUCCUGGAUUCCUCCUUGAAUUCCUCACCUCUACCUAUUUACUCAACCCUAACUCAACACUCACACUCUAGAAAAAACACCUGGGGAAACAAGUAGGCCUUGCAGUGUCAGCUGAAGUCAACAAAUUCAGGUUCUGGAGAACCAACAGAGGAAGCAAACUCCAUAGUAGUGGUCUC